AUGAUUUCCAAGAUCGUGAAUCCAAGACACGUCUGUACUCAUUCUCCUCUUGGACCAUAUUCAUAUCCAUUGGACCUAUUGUCCGAGCCGACAUCGAUACCUAUCACAUGUACCACGAAGAUAGGAAGGGAAUAUAUAAGAUACAAGUUACCUUUCCCCAUCUUACCUCGUUUAACCACCCGCUUAAUCAUCCAGGAAGAAACGGUUAAGCAUUUCAAACCCAAAGAAGAUUGGUUCUUCACCCAGCAGGAUAUCGAUAUCAUCUCGUUGCAAGGUUUCAUAAAGUGGUUUAGAGGACCGCUUACCAGGACAAUACAAGCGGUGCCCUACAAUGGGCGAGAUAAGGAUAUGACUGGACAAACUAGAGUGGUCAUUCACGUUCCCACCAGACUGUCCGUCCUCAAGGUCGUGGUUGGAAGGUUACGUACUUCGGUCGAGGCUCAUGUUGGUACCAUGGAAAAGAAUGGGGUCUACGAAGAGCUGGGUAAAUGGUUGAUAGGUAAGAAAAGAUCGGGAUUCAAGAGUAAAGGUAUCAAGGUUGAUAUGGUGACUUGGGAUGAGAAGGGGAGAUGUCCUGCUUGUGAUGGAUGA